AAAUGAGGGGUAGGAUUGUCGUUUGGUGGUUGGUGAUUUUGGAUUUUUGGGUAAUUUUGAAGGACCUUAAAUUUAGGAAGUUGGCAGAGAAGCAAAAUGGUAAGGAGGAGGGUUCGUGGAAACAGAAAGAGACAACUCGUUUUAGACUCUAGUUUUUGCAGAUUUUCAAUUUAUCUUUUUUCGUUCAUUUUUUUUUUUACUAUUUUGUGCAGAGUUUUCGGGUGUUAUGGCAUCAGCAUUAGGCUACAAGUCAAAUAAGUUUUCCUGGUGAUCUAGGAGCUUCAUUUAUAACCUUUGUUUCUUUCUUUCUCAUCUGGUCUUUACUAGCAAUACGUUGUAUGAAUUUAAUUUUUUUCUAUAAACAGUGUAUUUUAUAAACUAGUUAAGCCAAAAAAAUGGUUCAAAAAUUUCUUUGUUUGAUAAUCGAAAAAUUGCCGAGAGCCGGUGGCCCGCAAUUAGAAACUGGUUGGAUUGGCGCACUAUUAGAAACUCGGUAUUGAAGAUUUUGACUGUUUCUUGUUGAUUUGGAGUUGUUUUAUCUAAGCUCAGAUAUGGCUACACCAGCAGCACCCCUGAAAUGUCCACCACCUAUGAAAGCUACCUCUAAUGGAGUAUUCCAAGGGGACGAUCCGUUGGAUUAUGCACUUCCUCUUGCCAUUGUACAGAUAUGUUUAGUACUUGUUCUCACUCGUGUUCUUGCCUAUCUUCUCCGGCCAUUGAGACAGCCACGUGUUGUUGCUGAGAUUAUUGGAGGAAUUUUACUAGGUCCAUCUGCUCUAGGUCGCAACGAGAAGUAUCUGCAUACAAUAUUUCCACCAAAGAGCCUAACAGUGUUGGAUACUUUAGCAAACUUUGGCCUCCUUUUCUUUCUUUUCCUGGUUGGGCUGGAGUUAGAUCCGAAGUCUCUUCGUCGGACUGGGAAGAAAGCUCUAUGUAUUGCUGUUGCUGGAAUCAGUCUCCCCUUUGUAUUAGGAAUAGGAACAUCCUUUGCUCUCAGAGCUACUAUAUCAAAAGGGGUUAAUCAAGGCCCUUUUCUGGUGUUCAUGGGAGUGGCUCUCUCUAUCACUGCCUUUCCUGUUUUGGCUCGUAUUCUAGCUGAGCUCAAACUUUUAACAACAGAUGUUGGUCGAAUGGCCAUGUCUGCUGCAGCAGUCAAUGAUGUGGCUGCAUGGAUUUUGCUUGCUCUUGCUAUUGCCCUCUCGGGUACUACUAGUUCUCCCCUUAUUUCGCUUUGGGUCCUUUUGUGCGGGGCUGGUUUUGUGAUACUCUGCAUAUUCAUUGGUCCUCCUAUAUUCAAAUGGAUGGCUAGACGUUGUUCGGAUGGUGAGCAUGUAGAUGAGAUAUAUGUGUGUGCUACACUAGCAGCAGUUUUGGCUGCAGGAUUUGUCACUGAUACUAUUGGUAUUCAUGCCUUAUUUGGGGCUUUUGUGCUUGGAGUUCUUGUACCCAAGGAAGGACCAUUUGCAGGCGCACUAGUGGAAAAAGUGGAGGACCUUGUGUCCGGUUUAUUCCUUCCUCUCUACUUUGUUUCUAGUGGAUUGAAAACGAACGUAGCCACUAUUCAGGGGGCUCAAUCAUGGGGUCUUCUUGUUCUUGUCAUAUUUACAUCAUGCUUCGGGAAGAUUGUUGGCACCAUUGUCGUCUCACUCCUUUGCAAGAUGCCUAUGCAGGAGGCUCUGACUCUUGGUUUCUUGAUGAAUACUAAAGGUUUAGUCGAGCUCAUUGUUCUUAAUAUUGGCAAAGACAGAGGGGUACUGAAUGAUCAAACAUUUGCCAUCAUGGUGUUGAUGGCUCUCUUCACAACGUUCAUCACAACUCCUAUUGUGAUAUCAAUAUACAAGCCAGCUAAAUUAGCUGUCACUGAAUACAAGCAUAGAACAAUAGAGAGGAAAGACACGAGCAAACAAGUCCGAAUGUUGACAUGUUUCUACAGCACAAGAAACAUUCCCACACUGAUCAAUCUCAUUGAAGUUUCUCAAGGAACUGAGAAGAGGGAAGGACUUCGCGUCUAUGCCAUGCACCUUAUGGAGCUUUCCGAAAGGUCAUCAGCAAUCUUGAUGGUCCACAAGGUUAAAAGGAAUGGGCUUCCCUUUUGGAAUAAAGGGGAGGUUGCAGAUUCUAACCAAGUAGUGGUUGCUUUUGAGACAUUUGAGCAUCUUAGCAAAGUGUCUAUCCGACCAACAACAGCAAUCUCUCCCAUGAAUAGCAUGCAUGAAGACAUUAUUACUAGCGCCGAGAGAAAGAGGGUAGCCAUGAUAAUUCUCCCAUUCCACAAGCACCAGCGACUUGAUGGACAUUUCGAAACAACCAGAACCGAUCUUAGGCAUGUGAACCGCAGAGUUCUUCAGCACGCACCGUGUUCAGUCGGUAUCUUGGUCGACAGAGGUCUCGGUGGAGCAUCUCAUGUAUCUGCUAGCAAUGUCGACUUUACAAUAACUAUCUUGUUCUUCGGUGGCCAUGAUGACCGUGAAGCACUUGCUUAUGGUGUGCGUAUGGCUGAGCACCCCGGUGUCACACUAGUCGUGGUACGUUUUGUUGUCGACCCUGAGGUUGCUGGUGGCAGUGUCAAGAUAGACAUCAACCAGAACUCCAGCCUUGAGGCUCAACCAGAGGACGAAGUGUUACUUUCCGGAUUGAAACAGAGAAUCUCAAAGGACGGAUCGAUCAAAUACGAAGAGAGGACAAUCAAGGAUGGUGCAGAAACUUUUGAAGCAAUAAAGUCAUAUAACAGAUGCAAUCUAUUUCUAGUUGGAAGAAUGCCUGAAGGUCAAGUGGUUGCAGCUUUGAAUAAAAAGAGUGAAUGUCCAGAAUUGGGGCCUAUAGGAAACUUGUUAAUAUCCUCUGAAUUUUCAACAACAGCAUCUGUUUUGGUGGUGCAGCAAUAUCGCAGCCAAUUAUCUCAAGACUCAUUGAGUUCUUUGGAGGAUGGAGAAUCAUCAGAAGGAAAUGAGUCGAACUAAAACAGUGGAAAUAGUAACUCAGUCGUAUUUUGACAUAUUUUCACAAGUUCACAAUGUACAAUAAUAGAAAAGAGGGAAUUACCAAAUAAGGAAAGUUUAUGUGUGUAUAUAUAUAUAUAUAUAUAUAUAUAUAUAUCUUUGGCAUUCCCUCAUUGUUACCUCAUUAAUCUUGUUAUCAUGUUAUGUAAAUCUGCAGAAUGUUAAAGUUUCUAUGAAGAUUUU